GGCUUCUUAAAGCUCUUCGACAAGCGCGAAUGUGCGCUAGCAUCGGGGUAGGCGAGCAGUACGACGUUCAUAGGUAUGACUUUGAUACUACUUUUACCUUUUUUUAACUUAAUUAAUGCUGUUCAAUGAGAUGUAAAUUUCAUAUUCCGCUUAUUUACGGCCGUCAUGGAGAUCCAUCGCUGGAGGAAGGCAAAGGUAUUUUAAUAUGUAAAAUAAUGCAAGGAAAUCGCACGCUUUUCUGUCUUAUUACUUACGUGUAUCCAACGUUGUCAGCGCGUGCAGUACCGCAAUCAAAAGAAUUUUGCAAAACUCAUUAGCUUCAUAGUGUAAUAAGCGUGGUGACAGUUUUCAUGAAAUUUUUAUUGUGCUGAUGUACUGGCUAUGCUUGCGUGACGAGUGGAGUGCUGACAUUGAAUUGGGCUAUAACUUGCCCAAUACCAGUGAAGGAUAAGCAGACAGUCGGAUACUUUUACUAAUAAUGGGAGAGUGUGGUAAUAAAGUAUGCAUGUGAUGCUUUUAUGCUACGCAGCAGAUUGAACGUUGACUUUGUUAUUUUGGAUUUAAGACGACUAUGAGUUCAUAUAUUAAGGAAUAAAGAUCGGGUAUCUAACGUUCGUAAGCAACAGCACGACUCCUAAAGUAGUUGAUGCCGGUGCCUGUCUAGUAGCGCUCUGCCAAGCGCUACUGUGAGAGUUAAUUCACAGUAAUUUCUUAUGAGCUUGACAGAUAUUACCGACGUAGUCAAAAGAGUAGGUUUGUAAUCUUAUAAUAACACUUUUAUUUUCCUAUUCUGGCGGACUGGCACCCGAGUUUGUAAUACCUCGUGAUAUCAUUAUCGAUAAGCCUUAUAUCACACCUAUCUACUGUCAGAUUCAUAUCAGAAAUAACUCUCCCGUACAAUUACUCAUACCAAUACAACUGAUAUCAUUCAAAAAACGUUUUAAAAGACUGA